ACGCUAUUUAUGUGAUGUAAAUAAUGAAAUAUAAUAUAAUAUAAACAUAAUCUUAUCAUACUUUUCCAAAGUGUAUAUUCAUCCUGUGUGCAGAGAAAUUACAAUAAUAACAUAUAGAAAAAAAAUACAAGAAAAAUAUGUAGAAAUUACGAAAGAAAAGACACAAAAUAUAGCAUCGAACAAAAAAAGAUCGAAUUCAUUUUGACAUCGUAAUAGAACUUAAAAAUUAAUAUCGAAUUAUUGUCGGCCUUUAAAGAUUCUCAUAGUUAUAACAAACAUAACAAGUUACCGAAUUAUAAAUUUUCUAUAAUAUUCCAAAGUAUUAGCACUUUAGAGGUGUAGGCUAAUGUAGACUCGUCACUAGCGGUAUAGUAAUACAAUAAAAAUAGUGGAAAUAUUUGAAAUCGCGUAAGGUUACGCGACUAUUAGUGUUGGACAUCGUAAUUUUAAGUAUGCAUAUUUAUACGUAUUUGUUUUCUGUUUUUAAUUUUUUUUUCUUAUAUUUUUUCUUUUUAUUUUUUUCUUUUAGUUUAAAUAUUUUCCAUUACAUGUGAAAUUUAUUUAAUGUUGCACAAAUGCACAAUAAUUAUAAUCAAACUUUCAAAUCCACUUACAAAUUAACUUUUUCAUUGGUAUAUAAGUUUGUUAACAGAUGACGAUGUCGUCAUCUAAAACUGGGUGGGAUUACCCAUAUUUUGACCCUACUGAAAUAAUGACCUCGGUCUAUCAACCGGCACCAAUUCCAGAAGAAGAAUUUCUUCCUCGAAAAAAACAGAUACCAGAUACACACAUAAACAAUAAUAAUUCGUCAAUAUUCGAAGGAAUGAAAACAAAUGUACAAACUACCAAUGCAAUGGAAUUGAAAGAAGUGGAUGUGAUCGCACCAACGAAGAGUGUCGCAACGUUGACUGUUGUGCAACCAGGAAGUAUACCGUGUCAAAAUAGUGGUUGCAAAAACUGGGGAACUCAUGGUGUACCUGAAAGUCCCUGGCACAUACUUAAAACAAUAUUUCUCGUUUCUAUUAUUGUUACGUUAAUUAUAUGGAUAUUGAUUUACGCGCUGCUAGCACAAUAUCAAAUAUUCUGAUGACAGCGUAUUUGCGAUGCAUAAAGGAAUAGAAUGAUUAAACCGUGCAUGGUCAAAAUCAAGAUCGAAUUAUGCUCUUUGUAUGAAAAAGUAUUUACUUUAUACAGUCGAAAAAAAUCAGUCGGAUAUGUAUGUAGACUGUAUAUGUUGAUAAUUAGAAAUAAUUAUUUUAUGUACUUAUGUACUCACAUCAGAAUUAUAUAAUCACAUAACUUAUUUAAUAUAGUUAGAUUUUAAUGUUAUACUCAGUAAUGAUUUUGAAAUAUUAAUUUUUUAUAAUUAUUACUAUAAACAAAAGUAUAUCUUUGACAUAUAGAAAUAAUGAUAAAAAUAAUUUUAUUCUGUGUUAAAUGAUAAUGUAUUAAAAAAGAAAAUAAUUUCAGAAAUAUCUGUACCUGCCAAAUUAGUUAAAUUAUUAGCAAAUUUGUAUUUUAAUAGAUUUAUCUCAUGUACUAUAGGAGAUUCUAUAAAAUUAUACAUUUGUAUGUACUAUAUAUUUUACAUGUAAGUUCUACACAAAAAAUAAUUAAUGUAAUGCAUUUUAGCAAGUUCUUGAAAAAAAGUGUAAAAUUUUGAUAAAAAUUGUCUGCAUAAUUGGUGAUAAUAAUUAAAGCAUAAAUAUAACACUUAAACUACAAAACUGUAUUCUUCAGUUAAUACAGAUGUGUGUGUGUGUGUGUGUGUAUGUGUUUAAAAUAAUUGUUUCUAGAAAAAAAAUGUACUAGAGUUUGAUGUCACAGCGUCAUAAAUAAAAGUGUUAUGAAGAGGUUUA